UGAGAGCCACAGAAGGACAAUAACCGCCGUAAUAGGAAAGGGAGCAUAGGAGAGAAGGCUAGCACCGAGCACAUCAACAGGAAAAUCAUGACUUCCGUAGCACAGGCCUCGAGCACGGAGAACGUGAUCACGCUGCGAGGGUCGACGGAUGUCGUCACCGACUUCUUCUACUACGCCGUCAACAGCGUGCUUUACCAGAGAGGGGUUUACCACCCCGACGGUUUCGCUCGCGAGGCCAAGUACGGCAUCACGACCCUGGUCACGACCGAUGAGGCCCUGAAGAAGUACCUCGACAACGUCAUCAAGCAGCUCAAGGAAUGGUUGUUGGAGAAAGAGCUGCAGCGCCUGGUGCUCGUGAUAGUUGGCACGGACUCGGGCGACACGCUUGAGCGGUGGACGUUCAACGUGCACAAGGAAGAGAGGCCCGCCCUCAAAGACGGCAGCAACGCCGGCGACCAGCAGCCGCGUAAGUCGCAGAAGGCCAUCACGCAGGAGAUCCAGAACGUUAUCCGGCAGAUCACGAGCAGCGUCACCUUCUUGCCUCUCUUGGACGAGCCCUGCUCCUUCGACCUCUUGGUCUACACCGGCAACGACGCUACCGUACCGUCCGGGUGGGACGAUUCUGACCCUCGAUGCAUCAAAGAUUCGUCUGAGGUUUCCCUGCGCUCCUUCUCCACAAAGAUCCACAAGGUAGACACGGUCGUCUCCUACAAGAACAAGACCGACGAGGAGCUGUGCUGACGGUUUCGCUUCUAGGGUACGAAUGACUGGUGAUAUUUGUCUGUUUUUUAUCGUCAAAAUGCAAUCAGCAGUUGAGGGGGGAAACAGAUCAAAGCACGGGUGCGUUUUUGUGUCCAACAUACGCUGUGGUGGUACAAAGCGAACCUUAGAUUGGUUUGUUUGGGAUGUUAAGUCUCAAUCACCCAGGGAUUGGCGACUUGUAGACUUUGCUGUCGUGAAAUGGUUCGAAAUUCUGUACGGGUGGGUGAAAAUGGGUAGGGCGAUUUCGAAUAAUAAUUUCGUGAAGUUUUUUCAUUUUCAGGUAUCGUGAAGGGAGAAGGAGGGAGUUGGGUAUGUUUCUUCCGGUGGUCAAUAUUGUAGCCCGGUGCAUGAUUCGAAAUGUGUUUCUAUUUUUCGUUAUCCGUUGUCGUCGCUUGUGUUGAGAGAGUCAAGUCGAUCCACCACCUAGCGAAUCCUGUUUUCCGUUUGUUUUUCCACGUUUGUUUCAGGUUUAGGGUUAGGGUUGAGGGAGUCAAGUCGGCCCACAAUCCGCAGGGGAUAUGUAAUUUGUUCUGCGAUUGUACCGUAGGGUGAAGACUAUUAUGGAUGUACCCUUUUGCGACAUAGACCUUCUGUAGUUUGCCUGGCAAAUGUCAAAUUGUUUCUUGCUAUGCAUUAGAUGUGUCACGGGUUUUGGACAGGGAACUAAGUAAGUGGCUUUGUGUAGUCAUUAUUUCGGCAAACGUAUUGAACCGAGCUAAACCAGGAUAGACCUCCUCCGCGGUACCUAGUGGUGAUUUUGCGACAACGUGAUGGUGUCAGCUUUACGUCAGGACGCUUGAUUGGUCAACAACCGGAUUCUAUUGUCUUUCAAGUAUUGCUGUGUAGUUCAAAGCGGCUCACUCUGCGUGAAUGAUUGCGUUGUGUCAGAUACCACGUUCAAAAAAUCGCUUGGUUGUUGUUGUUUUUCUUCACAUUUAACUCGUGUCAGUUGCUAAUCCCAAAAUCUAGCAAAUAGACUCGGUCCGUGGUCACAAAAUUGCUAGUGCCAUCAGAAGAUCUAAAGAACAUGCACACUAUUGGCAAGAAAAAGGUUACACAAGCCCGAAGAGGUACACCUACAAUCCCUGCAGCACGUUUGCGUGCUCAAAACUGAACUACACGCCCACACACUACAUUCGGCUACAGCAGCAGCAUCACCCCGUCCUUGUCCCGCACUUUGCCAAAAUGAAUUUUGGUCGAUUCAGCGUACUACUGUCUGUACAAAAACGCCAUGGUACACAAUUAAGGCACUCGGGGUAUCCGCGUCAUCUCUGCCGCGUCUCUCUACAAAACCAGUGACGUCAUCACACACCCAACACCUAUAUUCAGGAAAAAAACGAAAAAUAAUUUACAACACUUGGCAACACAAGAUGUCUGUCCGUGCGCCACGGUUCGAUGUCGUCCGCAUGCUACGGUGCCGCUGCUCCGGUACCGCUGUUGCCAUUCCUAGCACGACCAAUCUCGACCCGCUCGGUUCGCACACGCUCUCGUUGCUGUCAUUCCCAGUCUGUUCCUCGCUUUCUCCCUCAUUGCACUUAGGGUUCUUGGCCUGAACAUUCUCGCGCCGAAGGGUUAACCAGCCCAAUCAUCAGCUCGUCACCACCUGUCCCCUCCUCCGUUGAUCGCAAAACCAGGUUACUGAGACAGUACAGCUCCCUCAGGCAAACCUUGGGCCGUGUCCAUAGUGCUCGUCCACCAUUCUGAUGAGGUUUGCCUCCGCGCA